UUAGCAACAGAAGUGUUUUUUUUUUGGCCGCGCGUGUGGAUAUUUGGCCCCAGCUUGAGGAACAGCUAGAGCCCAGCUUCUGUCCGAGAUCCUAGUAAUGCCCAACAACCUGGAGUCGCGGGUGGUGGACCUGGGCGUGGCCUGCCUGGUCUGCCUGAUGGAAGAGCCCGAGGCGAGCUCGAUCUAUGGCCCCGAUCCAGAGCCGCCGCACAUGCUCAUCCUGGAGAAGAUCCGCCACUGCACCGGCCUGCAACUGGACGGCGGCCCUGAGCAGCAGCAGCGCUGGCCGGACAAGAUCUGCAAGCAGUGCCAACUGGAGUUGUCCGUGUCAUAUCGCUUCCACGAGAAGUGCGCCGCCGUCCAGAAGCUCUUCCACUCGGCCAGCGGCGCCUCCGCCUCCUCUUCCCCCUCCGCAUCCCCAUCCCCAUCCUCGCUGCUUGUCGACCAGCAGCAGGAGCAGCUCAAGCUGGACCUGAAACACGCCCAACUGCGGCUGCCCGCCACACUGAAGAUCAAGCGGCUGGACAUGGAGCCCAGCUUUUCCAACUUUGUUCGAAGUGAAAUGACAACGGUAACCGAGCCGUCCUACUACCAGGAUGUGGAGGAGGAGGAGGCAGACGCCCUUACCCUGCUGCCAGAUGGAGCCAUGGUUCUAUCCCUGAACGGUUUGCAGGUGCAAGAUCCCAUUAAGGAGCAGCCAGGGGAUGAGGACUCCGACGAGCAGCAGGAGGUAGAAGAGGAGGAGGUGGAGGAGGAGGAGGAGGAGGGAGAAGAAGAAGAUGACAAGAUGGUGGGCCUGGAUCCCUGGGAUGCCGACCACACCCCGGAUCAUAUGUACGAGAUUGAGACGCCGCUGAUGGAGGAAUCCGUGGUGGACAGCCCGCCGUUGCUACCGCCACCGCCACAGCCCACCAGCCAGUUGAGAAAGCGCACCUACCGACGGGUUUCACCGAUUGUCAAGCGGGAAAGGCUGCCGGGUCCGGACCGAGAUGAGGAUUACAAGCCGGCUUCGGCGACCAAGCGCCGUCACUCCGAGCGCUCGCCAAAGAUCUGCGAUGUGUGCGGAAAUACGUACAAGUACCAGCACGCCCUCAAUGCUCACAUGCGGCGGCACAACAACGAACGUCCGUAUCCCUGCGAGGUGUGCCAGAAGGCAUUCAUAUCGAACGUGGAGUUGCGCCGUCACAUGCGUGUACACACCGGCCAGAAGCCGUACGGCUGUCGCUUCUGCGAGCGCCGUUUCUCGGACUUCGGGAGCAGCAAGAAGCACGAGAGGAUCCACACCGGCGAGCGGCCGUAUGUGUGCGAGGUGUGCCACAAGGGAUUCGCCUACGCCCACGUACUGUCUGUCCAUCGGCGUACGCACACCGGCAAGAAACAGUUCCAGUGCACACAGUGCGACAAGGGAUUCACCAAGAAGAGCUAUCUGUCGGCGCACAUGGACCAGCACCGUGGCGGAGCGGGCUGCGGCGAUACGGCGGGCUCAUCGUCGUCCGCUGGAGGAUCCGCUCGCAGCCUGCGUCUGCCCACCAGAAGGGAGCCAGUGCGCAGGGAGCCGGUGCGCAAGCAAGUCCCCGAGGCUUUUCCGAUGGAUUCCGUGGUACUCAAGCAGACCAAAGUUCUGGAGGAAUGCAUUGUCGCGAAUGACUUUAUGUUCAACGAGGAGGAUAAUGUAGAGGAGGAGCAGGUGGUCGGAGGCGACGAGGAGCUGGAGCAAGACGAGCCGUACCCGGAGCCGGACUUCGACGACGUCGAUGGCUAUCAGAGUGUACGCUCGGUCAAGGAGCUGGUCGGCGAUCUACUCGACACCGAGCAGUUUGUCGACGAAUCCAAAUACAUGAUUGACUAGUAUUUGUCCUUGGACAAUACUGCACUCUACUAAGGGGCUCUUCCCCCGACAUGUAAUCAAUUGUGCACACAAAACAAUUGGUCCACAGGAGUAAUCAUCCCCCCAUAACGAUUACUAAAUAUAUGUGGGACCCCCAAACAUCCCCACCCAGUAGUUUUUAGUCCACAAAACUUAGAAACAUAAUUCUAAGCCCCGCAAAAUCGGUGUAAAUAAAAUGAAAAGGUAUUAAAACA